AUGCGGAUGAGUUGUAAUGGAUGUAGAGUCCUUCGGAAGGCCUGUAUUGAUGAUUGUAGUAUAAAACCUUGCCUUCAAUGGAUCAAAACUCCUGAGUCCCAAGCCAAUGCCACCCUCUUCCUUGCUAAAUUCUACGGCCGUGCUGGACUGAUGAACCUCAUCAAUGCUGGCCCUCAACAUCUCCGUCCAGCUAUAUUUAAGUCAUUAUUAUACGAGGCAUGUGGGCGGAUUGUGAAUCCGGUUUAUGGAACAGUCGGGUUGUUAUCGACCGGGUCGUGGCAGCAAUGUGAAGACGCCGUGAAAGCCGUUCUUAAAGGCGAACCGAUCAGUCAAUAUGCAUCCUCUGAUCAGUUAGCUCUUGACGUCUGUGAUAUACGCCACGUCUCCAAGGAUGAGGAUUCGACUGCGUCUGAUCAGCUCAAGAAAGUCAAGUCUAAAAGCCAAUUCAAGCGAUCGGCUUCAAAGCGGAAGCCCAAAAUGGGGGAGCAGACAGGUUCCGAGUUCAUGAUUGGAUUUGGUGGAUCAAGAUCAGUGAGUCUGGACUCGGUGUUGAGUCGGCGUCCGAGUUUGGGGGCCGAUAGUGGAGAAGCUGAUUGUUUGUCUAUGGAGACUGUAGGGGCUUCACUGGCUAAGUUUGAUGAACCAGCCGAUGGAAGCGAUUUGGAUUUAGAGUUGACUUUGGGUUAA